GCCGCUCCACCGAGUGGCCGCGUCCGCUUCGCGCGGGGUGGCCUGACUGCAGGGGUAGGGAGAAGCGUCCCUGUAGGGAUCGCGGAGCGGCGGUCCCAUGGACCCGCUGGGAGGCGCCCCGCGGCUGCUGCUCCUGUUCAGUGGGAAGAGGAAAUCCGGGAAGGACUUCGUGACCGAGGCGCUGCAGAGCAGGCUCAGAGUUGAUGUCUGUGCUGUUCUGCGGCUCUCCAGUCCACUCAAGAAGCAGUAUGCUCAGGAGCACGGCUUGGACUUCCAGAGACUUCUGGAUGCCAGCGCUUACAAGGAGGCCUAUCGGAAGGACAUGAUCCGCUGGGGGGAGGAGAGGCGCCAGGCCGACCCCGGCUGCUUCUGCAGGAGCAUCGUGAAGGGCGUCUCCCAGCCUGUUUGGCUGGUGAGCGACACACGGAGGGUGUCUGACAUCCAGUGGUUUCGGGAGACCUAUGGAGCCACGGUGUACACGGUCCGUGUGGUAGCCUCGGAGCAGAGCCGACAACAGAGGGGCUGGGUGUUCACACCAGGGGUGGACGAUGUGGAGUCAGAAUGUGACCUGGAUAACUUCGGAGUCUUUGACUGGGUCAUUGAGAACCACGGAGAUGAGCAGCACCUGGAGGAACAGUUGGAGAACCUGAUAGAAUUUAUCCACUCCAGACUUUAGCUAUUGGGCUUCAGGAAUAAGCCCGGGGCUACUGAGUUUGGGGUGGGCUGACUGCAGGAUUGAGGUCUCUGAUCCUGGCCGAGGUGGAGGAGCAGACCAGCUUGGGUCUAGAUCUCUGGGGGACCUGGUGGAUGUCAGGCAAGGCAGGAAACCUCUGUGGAUGUCUUUUUCUCUGUGGGGAAGACAGCCCCACUUCAAAGGGCAAGGGAGGUACACAGCCUGUGCCUGAAGCAGAAAUGCCACUGUCCACUCAGCCCAGGGUGCCUUGCCUCCUAGGCCAGGUGCCCUCAGUCCCUUGUUCUGGGCACGAUCCCAGGGCUCCUCAGUGUGGCUGCUAAUAAACCUCCUUGGAGUACACA